UGGGCUAGCAAGCAGCAGCAGCAGCAAGCAGUCAGUUCAGUGGGGCUUGCAGCACAGGCGAUCGGCUCCCUCCUCCUCUGGCUUCCUUUUUUUCUUUUGGAGGGGGCUCGUUGCGCGCGUGCAAAUAGCCGUGGGCCCCCUCCUUUCUCUCCGGAGGGGUGUCGUCUAUGUGCGUGUGGCGGGGGGUUGGGGAGGGGGGCUCAGCCCGGGUUAUUGUGCUGGCCGGGCUGGAGAGAGAGAGAGGGGUUGGCCGGCGAGCUCUGCAAAAGAGAGAAAAGCGAGCGAGCGGGCGAGGGGGGUGGGUGGGGGCGCGCGGAAUAACCAUCGCUAAUAAGAAAGGAAGAAAGGGUGGGGGGUUUAAGAGACAGAGGCCAAGGAGAAUAAAAGGAGGCUGGGCUGCUUUGCAUUGAAGAUCGGGGCGCUAUUGAAAAGCUUUUGAGAAGUGGCGUCUUCCACCCGCGCGCGCUUCCACUGGGAGAGCAUAUAUAUAUCUGGGAGCCGGGCAGCGCCUGCAAAGAGCGGCAGCGAGCCGGGGAGCGUCUCUGCGCGAAGGGCACUCUGCAAGCAAGAGGCAUGCUUGGCUCAAAGGGACCGCAGCUCACGGACUUCUCCUUACGGCUUCUCCUUGCCCUGUUAUGCUUGCGAGUCAAGGUGACCCUAACAUCAGGCCAGUUCGAGUUUGAGAUCAUAUCCAUGCAAAAUAUCAAUGGCGAAUUGCAGAACGGGAAUUGCUGUGACGGGACCCGGAAUCCAGCUGAUAAGAAAUGCACCAGAGAUGAAUGCGAUACUUAUUUCAAAGUUUGCCUGAAGGAGUAUCAGUCGAGGGUUUCCGCUGGGGGCCCUUGCAGCUUUGGGUCCGGAUCUACCCCGGUCGUCGGUGGGAAUACCUUCAGUUUGAAAUACAAUCGGAAUAACGAAAGGAACCGGAUUGUUCUCCCUUUCAGCUUCGCCUGGCCGAGAUCCUACACGUUGCUCGUUGAAGCCUGGGAUUACAGUAACGACAGUGUUAACGCUGAUAGCAUCAUCGAAAAGGCAUCUCACUCUGGGAUGAUCAACCCGAGCCGCCAGUGGCAGAUACUGAAGCAGAAUGCAGGUGUGGCUCACUUCGAAUACCAGAUCCGGGUCACUUGCGACGAGCACUACUACGGCUUUGGCUGCAACAAGUUUUGCCGGCCGAGAGAUGACUUUUUUGGGCACUACACCUGCGAUCAGAACGGCAACAAAACGUGCUUGGAAGGCUGGAUGGGUCUGGACUGUGACAAAGCCAUCUGUCGUCAGGGUUGCAGCCCCAAACACGGUUCUUGCAAAAUUCCCGGAGGGUGCAGGUGUCAGUACGGUUGGCAAGGUCAGUACUGUGACAAGUGCAUUCCUCACCCGGGCUGUGUCCAUGGAACUUGCAACGAACCGUGGCAAUGCCUCUGCGAAACCAACUGGGGCGGCCAGUUCUGCAAUAAAGAUCUCAACUAUUGCGGGACUCACCCGCCUUGCUUGAACGGGGGAACGUGCAGCAACACCGGGCCGGACAAGUACCAGUGCUCCUGCCCAGAGGGUUACUCGGGACAGAACUGUGAAAUCGAUAUUGACGACUGCUCUCCAAACCCCUGCGGCCAUGGAGGGACCUGCCAGGAUCUGGUCGAUGGGUUUAAAUGUAUUUGCCCACCUCAGUGGACUGGCAAAACGUGUCAGAUUGAUGCCAACGAAUGCGAGGGCAAACCUUGCCUGAACGCCAAUUCCUGCAGGAACUUGAUUGGCAACUACUAUUGCAACUGUGUCGCUGGCUGGACUGGCCAGAAUUGUGAUAUAAAUAUUGACGACUGCAUUGGACAAUGUCAGAAUGGAGGAACUUGCAGGGACUUGGUUAAUGGUUAUCAAUGCACCUGCCCACUUGGCUACGCAGGGGAUCACUGUGAGAGAGACAUCGAUGAAUGUGCAAGCAACCCUUGUUUGAAUGGGGGCCACUGCCAAGAUGAAAUCAAUGGAUUCCAAUGUCUCUGCCCUGCUGGAUUCUCCGGAAAUGUCUGUCAGUUGGACAUAGAUUAUUGCGAGCCCAACCCUUGCCAGAACGGGGCGCAGUGCUUCAAUUACGAAAAUGACUACUUCUGCAGCAACUGCCCCGAAGAUUACGAGGGAAAGAACUGCUCGCACCUCAAGGAUCACUGCCGCUCGACUCCUUGUGAAGUCAUUGACAGCUGCACGGUUGCCGUGGCGUCCAACAGCACCCCGGAAGGUGUUCGCUACAUCUCUUCCAAUGUCUGCGGUCCCCACGGGAAGUGCAAGAGCCAGGCGGGAGGCAAGUUCACGUGCGAAUGCAGCAAAGGCUUCACCGGCACCUACUGCCAUGAAAACAUCAACGAUUGCGAGAGCAACCCGUGUAAGAACGGCGGCACGUGCAUUGAUGGCAUCAAUUCCUACAAAUGCAUUUGUAGCGAUGGAUGGGAAGGCACCUUUUGCGAAGCCAAUAUCAACGACUGCAGCAAAAACCCCUGCCACAAUGGAGGAACGUGCAGAGACUUGGUGAACGAUUUCUUCUGCGAGUGCAAAAAUGGAUGGAAAGGGAAAACCUGCCACUCACGCGACAGUCAGUGUGACGAAGCCACAUGCAACAAUGGAGGGACUUGCUAUGACGAGGGAGAUGCCUUCAAAUGCAUGUGUCCCGCAGGGUGGGAAGGAGCCACCUGCAACAUCGCGAGGAACAGCAGCUGCCUCCCGAACCCUUGUCAUAACGGCGGGACUUGUGUUGUCAGUGGAGAUUCCUUCACGUGUGUGUGCAAAGAGGGCUGGGAAGGACCGACUUGUACUCAGAAUACCAAUGAUUGCAGUCCGCAUCCUUGCUAUAAUAGUGGGACAUGUGUGGAUGGAGAAAAUUGGUACCGUUGCGAAUGUGCUCCAGGCUUUGCAGGUCCCGACUGCAGGAUAAAUAUCAAUGAAUGCCAGUCCUCGCCCUGUGCUUUUGGAGCAACAUGUGUCGAUGAAAUCAACGGGUACCGUUGUAUCUGCCCAGCCGGCCGCAUUGGCCCCAGAUGCCAAGAAGUUUCAGGAAGGCCUUGCGUUGGCAGUGGGCACAUCAUUCCAGAUGGAACUAAAUGGGACGACGAGUGUAAUAGCUGUCAGUGUGUGAACGGGAAAGUCACAUGCUCUAAGGUCUGGUGCGGUCCAAAGCCUUGCUUGAUAAGCGCCAAAGGUCACAGCGAGUGUCCCGCCGGCCAUACCUGCCACCCUGUCAAAGAGGACCACUGCUUCGUAGGUCCCUGCGACAACAUAGGCGAAUGCUGGCCUUCCAAUCAGCAGCCCGUGAAAAGCACGUGCAACUCCGAAUCUUACUAUCAGGACAACUGUGCCAACAUCACUUUCACCUUCAAUAAAAAGAUGAUGACUCCAGGCCUUACGACUGAGCAUAUCUGUAACGAGCUGAGGAAUCUAAGUAUCCUGAAGAACGUGUCCGUCGAAUACUCCAUCCAUAUCACAUGUGAACCGUCGCACUUGGCACACGAUGAAAUCCACGUUGCGAUUUCCGCCGAAGAUAUCCAGGAGGAAGAGAACCCGAUAAAAGAAAUAACAGAUAAAAUUAUUGAUCUGGUGAGCAAGCGUGAUGGGAAUAGCACACUCAUUGCAGCGGUUGCAGAAGUCCGGGUACAGAGGCGACCAAUUAAAAGCAAAACAGAUUUCUUGGUCCCGCUGCUGAGCUCCGUUCUGACGGUGGCCUGGAUCUGCUGCCUGGCCACAGCCUUUUACUGGUGCAUCCGCAAGCGCCGGAAGCAGAGCGCGCACACGCACACGCCGUCGGACGACAACACCACCAACAACGUCCGGGAGCAGCUGAACCAGAUCAAGAACCCGAUCGAGAAGCACGGCGCCAACGCCAUCCCCAUCAAGGACUACGAGAACAAGAACUCCAAGAUUGCCAAAAUAAGGACACACAACUCCGAGGUGGAGGAAGACGACAUGGACAAGCACCAGCAGAAGAGCCGCUUUGCGAAGCAGGCGACGUACACGCUGGUCAACAGAGACGAAAAGCCCCCCAACGGCACGCCCGCAAAGCACCCGAACUGGACAAACAAGCAGGACAACCGGGACUUGGAAAGCGCACAGAGCUUGAACCGCAUGGAGUACAUUGUAUAGCAGGCAGCCGGGCGCUGCCUCCUCCUCCUCCACCUUACCAGUUUGAGUCAACUCGGAGCUUGUAGUUCUCAAAGCGGUUGUGUAAUAUUUUGAGUCUAAGGCUAUUAUUUGCUUAGAAUCCCUGUGUUAAUUUAAGUUUUGACAAGCUGGCUUACACUGGCAGUGAUAGUUGCUGUGGUUGGCUGGGAUACCAAGUGCUGCAUUCCACAUCUAUGCAAAACUAGUCGAAAGUGCCACCCCCAUCAAUUCAGUAGCAGCUGAUGGAUCUCCUGGCAAGGUUUCAUCAAGGUAUCAUGUAGCCUUUUAUUAUUUAGCCUUCCCUCCCCUAGCAAAGAAUUCCUUCCUUCCUUCCUUCCUUCCUUCCUUCCUUCCUUCCUUCCUUCCUUCCUUCCUUCCUUCCUUCCUUCCUUCCUUCCUUCCUUCCUUCCUCUUCUUCUCUCGAUGUCACGAUUUAUACAGUCCCUGUGGGGAGGGAAGGAGAUAAAUUUUAUUUAUUUAUUGAAAUUAGAGUUCUUUUGUAUAUUGGUUUUAUGAUGACGUACAACUAGUUCUGUAUUUGAAAGUGCCUUUGCAGCUCGGAACCACAGCAACUAUCGAGGAAAAAAAAAGUUUAAAAGUUUAUUAUUUAUUUUUUUUAAUUGUAUUUUUUUGUGGGGAGGGAUUGGGAGGGGACUUCUUGUCAGCAGUUGCUGGUAAAAAAAAUGAAGAAUUGAGAGGAAAUGUGUCAAAAGUAGAAGUUUGUAUAGUUAUGUAAAUAAUUCCUUUUUUAUUAAUCACUGUGUAUAUUUGAUUUAUUAACUUAAUAAUCAAGAGCCUUAAAUAUCAUUCCUUUUUUUUUAUUUAUAUGUACGUGUUUAGAGUUGAAGGUGUUUUUUCCCCCCCAUAGCAUUUGUAAGCUUAUGGCUUCUUUAUCUUUUUAAAAAUCUUUUUAUUCUACCCCCCACCCCUUUGUUACAUGUUUGCCUACAUGCCAAAAUUUAAGGUGUUCUGAAAAUCAGUUUGUUUUUUAAAGGAUAGGGAAGGCUUUUGGGCCUCGAAACUGGCUUUCUGUACGAUGUCGAGUGCGUGUUUUGUCUUUAUUCUUUGAGAACACCUUUGAUAGUAUCACUUUAAAAAUAUUUGUUAAGUACCAGCUGAGGCAGUUUAGAAUUAGAUUAGAAUUUUAUUUUAUUUCCCCCCCCCCUCUUCCUGGCUGCUUUAGAAGUUGGGGCAUGGGGGAAAGAGGAUGGGCAGGCAGAUCAUUUGCCGAGAAGCAGUUCAAGGGAACACAACUGAGCGAUAACCUUCUGUAGAUGAAUGUGUGACCGGUUGCAUGUAAUUAAAGAAAAAAAAUUGAAUUAGUGUGUGGAGUUGAAAGCACCGAAAUCUUAUUUUGUAAACUCUUGAUUUCCCCCACCCCCACCCACCAGCACAAAUAGGUGGUGCUGAACCACUUGUAGGUUGUUUUUUUUAUUUUACUUCUUUUCUUUGUAAUCUACUGCAUGUAGAAAGUAUUCCGAUAAGCUAGUUGUUGAAUACUUGAACAGUAGAGUGUCCAGUUAAGAUCACUGUGUAGAUUUGCCAUAGAUUACACUGCCCGCCUUAAGGAGUGAGGAAAUCAAAGUGCUAUUACAAAAAGUUGGAAGAUCAAAAAUCAAAAAUUGCAAAAAAACGACGAGGCUUAAAACUUAAAGUCAUCUCGCUGGGUAAACCACGAGGAUAUCUUGUAUGGUAAUAUUAGUGUUACACGGACAUGAAAAUACAUCUCUGAUGUGUUUAUUCCUGGCAAUAAAUCUUGAAAAAUAUUUAUUAAAUUUUUUUGUAUAAAAA